UAUGCAUUUUUGUGUAAUUUUUCUAGAAAAGAGAGCAUGCAGCAUUUUCAUCUCACUUUACCUCAUAAGCAUUCCCAUGCCAUUAGUCUUUGCAAAAAUUAUUUUUGGCUGCUUAAGAUUAUUUAUUACAUCAUAUAACUAUCAUAUUUAAUUUUUUUUAUUGGCAGAUGUUUGGGACGUUCUCAUGUUUUGCUAGUGUAAAUUUCACUAACAAAAUAGUCUUUCACAUAAAUCUUUAAAAAAAAAUUCCUUUAAGUUUGUAAAGGAAGAACUACUGGGUCAAAGAGUCUCUCUGUAUGUAUGUGUGUUUCAGCUCUUGUAACAACACCAAGUGACCUUCCAGAAUGUUGUAUUGAUUCAUACUCACGUAGAGCUUGAGCAGGCCUUACAUUAUAGCUCUGUUCAUAAUCUGGUAUUAGCAUUAAAAUGAAAACCUUGCUUUAAUUUGCAUAAAAUUUUUUAUCACAUGUCCGUGAUGUAUCUCUUUUCCUUAUUGUAAGCUGCUUCAGGGAGAGGAAUGUAUUUCAUAUUUGAUGUGCUGCAAAUCACAAAGUGGGUGCUUGAUAAAUAUUGGCUGUUGAUAUUUACCUUUUUGACUUCUUGAAGCUCAGGAAGUUCUCCUUUUUUUUGUCUUACUCAAUUUACCAGUAAAUUGUUGGCAAUAUACUAGGUAUUGUUUCAUUGAUCCAUUAGAGUACUCAUUCCUGUGGAGGAGGGCACUGAUCUUAUCACAGUUUUCUACUAAAAGGUCCAGUGACUCCAUUGUCCAACUGUGGCAUUAUCUAAGAGCUCCAUCCACCUUUGAUACUAUUUAUCUUGAUAACUUAGACUAUUUCAUUCCCUUUAUUCAUUCAUCUAGCUUGUAUGGAAUUCACUUACAGAUUUCACUUUGAUCGUUCUUUCACUUGUAGCCUUUUCUGUGGUUUUUUUUUUUUUAAAGCCCACUGUCUAAAGCUCCUCUGUUUCAUUCAUUAUUCAGAUUGUUUUUGAUAACCCACCAGUUACUGCCUGUAACAUCUUUUACUGCCUUUAGUCUACCAUGCAAAACUUACGUCAUAAUUUUCAUUUACUCAGUUAUCUCCAUUUUCUUUUACAUUUGUCUAUACAGUACUAGAUGGUAGUUGAAGGAGAAGACUUUCUUUCAGGUUUAGAAUUGUGUUUGGAAUUGUUAAUUGAUUAGGUUUGUCAAGUUAUAAACACAAAGAGUGGGGCUGCUUACAGCAGAAGUGAUAGCUAAUAGAUAAUUAGCAACGAAUUUACUGACUUGAAAGUAUAUCAUCUCUUAUACUUCUAUUCUUAAAAUCCUUACUGUAUUACAGGACUAUAAUGGAUGACCCUCAUCAUCAGUGCAGUCUUACAUUACUUUCAGUAUGUUUCAUUUAGAAAGGCAAGGGAGGUAGCUGUGUCAUUUCCAAAAGCUUUGUGUGUGUUUCCUUUUAAAUGUCGUGAAGAGAGAUUUCACUGAACUGUACUUCCCUGAUCAUGUGGUAUAAAUAAACUAGCAGCAAAUGUUAAUAAAAAUGGUAAUAUUGUACUUGCCUGUAGACAGCUUAUAAUGAAAAUCUGAAGACAGUUCAUAAUGGGAGUUUUUAAUACUUGAUAAUAUUUUUAGGCUUUUAGAAACAUUGGAUGUGAAAAUUCUCUUAGUAUUGCAGAAUUAGGAGGAAAUGCAUUCAGUUAUAAUAUUGAGGCUUUGUUAAUAUUUUUAAUGAAUUUCUUAUUUAAUGUAUGUUUCCAGUACUAUAAGACCAAGGACUGAAGCACGUUUUUAAAGUUUCCAGUAAUUAUCUGCAGGUUUCGCCAUGACCCCAGCUCUGAGGGAGGCAGCAACAAAGGGUAUCUGCUUUUCAUCUUUACCAAGUACCAUGGAGUCUGAUAAGAUGCUAUGCGUGGAAGGCCCAAGAACUAUGGAUGAAAAGCUAAAGGGAGAUACUUUCUCUCAGAUGCUGGGAUUUCCAACUCCUGAACCUACUCUUAACACUAAUUUUGUGAAUUUAAAACAUUUUGGCUCCCCUCAGUCUUCAAAACAUUAUCAGACAGUUCUUUUAAUGGGCUCUAAUUCUACAUUAAAUAAAUACAAUAAGAAUUAUAAGCAAAAGAAAUUAGGGGAACCCAACUGCAAUAAGCUGAAAAACAUACUGUGUAAUGGCAGCAACAUUCAGCUCAGUAAAAUCUGUCAUUCUCAUUCUGAAGAGUUCAUCAAAAAGGAACCUCUGUCAGAUAACACAGGCCAGUGCAUGACAGAUGUAAAAAUUAUUUUGGAUUCAAAUAUAACCAAAGACACUAAUGUAGAUAAAGUACAACUACAAAACUGUAAAUGGUACCAAAAGAAUGCACUUUUGGAUAAAGUUACUGAUGCUGACAUUAAAAAGAGUUUAUUGCACUGUGCUCAAAAGAAUAGUGGGCCUGGCCAUUCAAAUAUGCCUGUUAGUUUCUCAGCUGCUGAAAAAGAGGAGGAAGUGAAUGCUCGUUUACUUAAUUGUAUAAGCAAACAGAAAAUUUUACUUAACCAGGCUAGAAGAACUCAGAAACAUUUGCAGAUGCUCCUGGCAAAGCAUGUUGUUAAGCACUAUGGUCAGCAGAUGAAAUUUUCUAUGAAGCAUCAACUCCCUGAAAUGAAGAUCUUUCAUGAACCUACCACAGUUUUGGAUAACAGUUUACCUAAAUGCACUGAAAUUAAACCAGACAUCAACUUAUUGACUGCAGAGAAUAAAUUAUGGAAUGAUACAAAAAAUGGCUUUGCACGGUGUACAGCUGCAGAAAUCCAAAGAUUUGCACUGUCUGCUACAGGGCUGUUGUCUCAUGUUGAAGAGGGUCUGGAUUCUGAUGCAACAGAGAGCAGCUCUGAUGACGAUUUGGAUGAAUAUACCAUUAGAAAAAGUGUGGCAGUUAACUGUAGUACUGAAUGGAAGUGGCUUGUAGACAGAGCAAGAGUUGGCAGCCGAUGGACAUGGCUUCAAGCCCAGAUUUCAGAGCUAGAAUACAAAAUCCAACAACUAACGGAUAUUCACAGGCAGAUUCGUGCCUCCAAGGGGACAGUGAUCCUAGAAGAAUGUCAGCUUCCAAAAGACAAUUUGAAAAAGCAAAUAAAAUUUGCAGACCAAGCAACUUCAUUAAAUAUUACAGGGACUCCUCAGAUUCCCCAAGAGAGCCAAGAUCCUUUACCAGAACAAGAUUUUGAAAUGUCACCAAGUAGCCCUACACUGCUUCUUCGUAACAUAGAAAAACAGAGUGCACAGUUGACUGAGAUCAUCAACAGUUUGAUUGCCCCUCUCAACUUGUCCCCAACUUCAUCACCUCUCUCCUCCAAAUCUUGUAGCCAUAAAUGUCUGGCCAAUGGCAUUUCCAGGAGUGCUUCAGAGAAUUUAGAUGAGCUCUCUUCCUCGAGUAGCUGGUUACUUAACCAGAAGCACAGUAAGAAAAGGAGAAAAGACAGGACAAGAUUGAAAUCUCCAUCCUUGACUGUCAUGAGCACAGCAGCUCGAACAAGGCCACUUCAGAGUUUCCACAAACGAAAACUCUACAGAUUGAGCCCUACUUUGUGUUGGACUGCGCAGACUUUACCUUCAAAAGAAACAGUGUUUUUAAAUACUACACAAAUGCCUUGCCUGCAGUCAGCUUCAACUUGGAGUAGCUGUGAACACAGUUCAGAGUCUCAAAUAUUAAGAGAACAUGUGUCAGAGUCAGACCCUUCUUUCCAUUCUGUUCUAUCAUUGCCAUCAGAUGUGCCUCUUCAUUUUCACUUUGAAACAUUGUUAAAAAAGACCGAAAUAAAAGGAGAUCUUGCUGAAAAUAAAUUUGUAGGAGACUGUAUCAUAUCUUCAUCCCCUGUACAUAAUACUUCCCUGAGUCAAUGGAGAAAUGGAUAUUCUACAUGCAAGCCUCAAAUAAGGUCAGAAUCGUCUGCACAGCUGUUACAGGGAAGAAAGAAAAGACACUUGAGUGAAACAGCAUUAGGCGAAAGAACUAGAUUUGAAGAAUUUGCUUUUCAACGCACAGAACCAGGAUCCCAUAGCAAUUUUACUGCUGUUACUAACGUGAACAUUAUAUCAAGAACACAGAAUUCAUCACAAAAUACUGCACGGCGGAGACUGCGAAGUGAGAGUUCUUAUGACAUAGAUAAUAUUGUGAUUCCCAUGUCAUUAGUGGCCCCAGCUAAGUUAGAGAAGCUCCAAUAUAAGGAAAUACUUACUCCAAGCUGGAGGAUGGUGGUUCUUCAACCUCUGGAUGAACACAAUGCAGAUGAAGAAGAGAUAGAAGAUCUUUCUGAUGAAGUCUUCUCUCUAAGACACAAAAAAUAUGAAGCGAGAGAGCAAGCCAGAUGGUCACUAUGGGAGCAAAGCAAGUGGCACAGAAGAAACAGCAGAGCUUACAGUAAAAAUGUUGAAGGACAAGACUUACUUCUGAAAGAAUACCCUAAUGACUUUACUGCUGGUCAGCAUGGUGCUGCCGAAAGUCCGCAGAGUCAGGAUCUGAGUGCACAUGGCUCACCUUCAGUAAACGAAAGCCAAGAAAUCAAGUCUUUGUGGUGGGAACGACGGGCUUUUCCACUGAAGGAUGGAGACACAGAAGCCUUAUUAUGCCAAGAUAAAAAAAGCGACCAGAUUGAGAGGUCAAGCCCAGCUUUCAACGGUGAAGUCUUCUGUACCAGCGCACCAGAGAACAGCCAGCAUCCAAAAAGGCAGGAGGACGGAAUGGAAGAGUACAAAGCCUUUGCUGUAGGACUUACUCAUGUUAAAAAAAAUAGGUGACAAGGAACAGGUUAAGAAAAUGAUGGAACUGAAUGGAAAACAGGAGAAAAAAUAAGCCCUGUUCUCCAUCUCCGAUCCCCUCCAGUCACAAGUCCAGAGUAAGAGCAUGUACUGCAUGUAGUAAUCUUUAUGCUCUUUAUGCAACAGACAAGGUACGUCUCUCUUUCCUUGAACAGAGGUCAUUAACUAGCUUUUCACAUACAGACGAGUGCUAGUCAUGUGUGAUUAUGAUGCGUGUCAUAAGCAC